AUGGACCAGUCCACGUACAAUAAUAUCUACCGGAACGCCUCGCCAAUGACGCCGAGCACGCCGAGCAAUAAUACCUUUCAGACCAAUGUGAACCGUACUAAAACAAGGAAAUGGGUCGAGGCCAAGAAGCAGAACUAUGCCGGCGAUGACUGGGGGAAUGAAUUCGACGAUGACGAGGAACCUGAAGACGACCCGCCGGGGCCGGCGCAACAGCCCGCUACAUUCCGACCGUUGGGCCAGGGCGCGCAGCUUCCUGGCUCUCAGAUGUCGGGCAAUCGAGCCUUUUCGCAACCAACUGCGGCUUUUGGUCACUUUAGAGGCCAAUCGUUCGGCAGAAAUCCCAGCGGGCCUCCGGCUUUACAUGUCCAGACCCAGCAAUCGUCCGCGCCUGCACAACGCUUCGAGCCAGUCGAGCCGUUUCCAGCUGUUGAUCAGUCAUCAUUUGAUGGUGCACCCGACUAUAGAAACUCGGAAAAUGUGACUUCACCGCAAUCUGGAAGGCCGCGACCUUUUGGGGCUGCGGGGGCUGGAUACCCAGGUCGCCAGGAGUAUUCUCCAGCGACGCAAGACCGCGGAAUCACGUCUCCGGCAAGCGCUACGGGGCUAUCGUCGCGCUUCCCUCCUCGGAAGAGCAGCAUGGGCCAUCAAGAUGCACCUACCUACCGUGAUACUUCGAGAAACAGGUCGGGGUCUCGACCCGGGUCGAGUGGACGACCAUGGCCAGAGCAGAGAUCUGACUCCCCAGGUCAACAAGCCCCGUCAGCUGCAACAGGAGCACCAAACAAGCCAUUGCCCUUUAUACGUCCGGCUGAAAUAUACCGACGCAUGGAGGAGGAGAAGGAGAAGGAACGUAGAUCCAUGGAAUCUGCCGGAAGACCUAGUCUGGACGGCAUACAAAGUCCCGGCAGCGAGAGGUCAACUUCUCCAGCCUAUGCAUUGCGCUCUCCGGUCGAACAGCGGAGGCGGCUCAGCUUUGAUAGGGACGGUGAUGAGAAUCUAGAUUCCGUUCGUGGCUUGAAGACCACACUUCCUCCGGUUGCAGAGCGGAGGAGCGAAUAUGGCCUGGACCACUUGAUCAAUGAACACAAGGCACCUGCACCAACUCAAACAUCUGCGAACGCAGAGUCCUCAAUUCCACAACAAGCGACUACUUCUGGUCCUUUGGCUGGCGCUGCACCCCAAUCUGGCGGCUCACAGCUUCUCGGCGAUCCGCGACGCAAGUCGAUCAGCCCACGGCUUCCGGACUUGGCACGUAUGUCAGGCUUUGGCCCGGACUUCUUCUCGGGCUCAUCCGGCGGCUUUUCUGACGGUGACCGAUCGGCACAAGCAACACCGCCGGAGCAUAAGCUUGCCACCCCAAACGAUGAACAUAUGCAGACCGUUACAGGUCUAGGACUGAGCAGCGCUGUUACAGGGCCGUCUGAAACGAUAACCGAGGACAGCGACGAAAAGGCAGCACCAAGUCUCAUUGAAGGUCCGGUGCUCGCCGAGCAAAAGGAGGAAAGUUCAAACCCAGACACGUCCCUGCUUGAACCACAACCAGCCGCGUCGGAUGAGGCAACCAUCAAAGCUCAACCGCGCCCAUCGAGACCGUCAAUCCCUGGCGGCUGGGUAUCGGAAAGUACAAACAUUGCCUCCGAAGUGCCGACACCCAUGGAGCGACCAGAACCAACCAUAUCGCAACUUGCGACUGUAAAGGACACUGCAGAAGAACCCGCCACCAUUGGCGGAGAGGCAGACGAUAUUGAGCCUACGACUGUGAUCAAGCAAGCUCAACCACUUGAAAAUGAUGCACCGGCUGUAAUAGACUCAAAGGAUGUUCAGCAAGAUAAUGAUAAUUUUGGAACCACAGUAGGUCAACACGACCAAGCCAUUGCGGAUGAGGUAUUGACGACUGCACCGGCUGCCCUGGCGACAUCAAAAGCGCUUCCUCCACUGCAAACGCCCGACCCACUGACAGCUUCAAGCCAAACGGAGACUGUUGAUCAGCAGCCGCAAGCUCCUGGAUCUGGUUCUCCAUCUUAUGGUGAAUCGCCAUCGAAGUACUCGACAUCUACGCAUCCACUUACGGCAACCACUUCAUCAGGGUUUUCUCCUACGGCGCCAUUGAACCCCCAGCGGGGAGGCGCAUCAGACUCGGACUUCAUAGCGCCGGGCCCUCUUGCUCGCAACUUGACAAUGAGCUCUAUGGACAAUGCCUCUCCGCACGAAAGCGACAAGCUACGGGAAGAUAUCAUCAAAUCGUUGAGUCCGCUACCAAUUGACACGCCAAGCUUCCCUCCCAUGCCCCCGACGGCCGACAGAAGUCUUACAACGCCAGCAUCAGACAUUGCGAGAGAAAGUAGAUACCUUUCAGGGGUGUACGACGAAUACAUGGGAUUCCCCGAGGACAAAUCUCUUCAAGGCUUCAACCAGGAGAAAGACGAGAUGACGGUCGUUAGCCCAGCACCAUUACAAAGCAGCAGCCCUGCGCGCACUGUUGUGCCCAGCGAGCCAGCUGCGGACGCAGCUGAGAACAACCUGACCCGCACAUCUGAGCGUGGUCCGCGUCUCAGUCGUCGGUUCUCAUGGGAAGAGUUAUCGGAAAAUGUCACGCCGAACGAGCAGCCGCAGAUUCAGACGGAUGCGAAUGUACAUGUGCCCGAUGGACCAACCUCUGAUGCCACCGAGCCGCAGAUUACCACCAGUCCCGAUCUGCGAGAAGAUACUGCAUCUCCAACCCUACAACUUGAGCCACAAAAGGACGGCGAAAUCUCCCACACUGUCUCCAUGAUAAGCAACAACGCCCCAGGCGGGCUUGGGGUAUCAGGCAUUGAACCGCCGUCACCCAUUUCUGUCCUGUCGAGUCCCAGACCUGUAGAAAGCACUGGCAGUCGUUUGUCACUUGCCGAUGAAAAGGUACUCUUGCAAGCAUCAUCACAUCCAGUCUCCCCCAAUCUCGAUUCCGAGCAUCCAGCACUCUCACGGACGCCUCCAGAAUCACCAGCCCCAGAGAAUGACACGUUGGUGGCACCGCCUCCCAAACCCGUCAACAUCACCAGUUGGCGUGAGAUACUUAGUCUUCCGACACCAGCUCUCCGAAUCGAGAGGUUCGAAGAAGCCAGGUCGCAAUACUUGGCAAUGGACUCGGGUCUGUCAAACUGGAUGGAGCACAUGAAGGCUUCAUCAGAAGAUCCAGCACUUCAGCCUUCGAGUACAAGCCCUACCCAUCAGGGCCCUGGGUCUGCACAGACGUCUCCAACGGGCCCACCAGCCGCUUCUCAGCAACCAUAUUAUCAGCAGUAUCUGAAUGCAAGCAACCCCAACGUCAUGGCGGGAGCUCCAGGACCCGCGCGGCAGCGGUCAAUGUCUCAGCAGCAACAAGCAAGCGGGUUUGGAACUUCCAAAAACCAAGCAGCUGUCAAGAGCAAGGAGUUCCUGCACGCAGCAGGAGCUUUUGGAAACAAGGCCACCAAGGCGGGCAUGAAAUCAGGAAUGAAACUAUUCAACAGGGGUAAAGACAAGCUUCGUGGAUCUGGCGACAAAUCAUUUCAAUAA